AUUUGUUUUAUUAUGAAGAACAUAACCUCAAAAAAAACUCACAUUGAUUUAACGACAUCAUACUUAAAAUUCAGUGUAUGUAACCAGAGUAAAAUUGGACAUAUUUUAAGCAGAACAACGAAAAGGUCAAUCAAGAAAUGGAUAACGAAGGAUUAGAAAUGGAUGUAACCGAUGAAGUUAUGGAGGAGGAUAUGGAAAAUAGUGAUGAUUCCAGUGGCGAUGAAGAUGGUGAUGAUAACAAAGUGAGUGCAGAUGAAAAGGCAGAAGUGUAUUUGCCUGGGAAACCGCUCGAUGCAGACGAAGAAUUGGUGUGCGAUGAAUCGGCCUAUGUGAUGUUGCAUCAAGCCCGAACUGGUGCUCCAUGCCUGAGUUUUGAUAUAAUUCAGGAUCAAUUGGGCGAUAAUCGUGAUACAUAUCCGUUAUCUUGUUACAUUGUGGCCGGUACACAAGCAGCCAAAGCACAUGUCAACAAUGUUAUCGUGAUGAAAAUGUCAAAUUUACAUCGAAAUUCCGAGCAAAAUGAAUCCGAUUCCGAAUCAGAAAUUGAUGAUGACGAAGAUGAACAUGCAGCGUCCAAACAAAAACAACCGCAAAUGGAUUGUGCACUGAUUAAACAUUCGGGUUGUAUAAACCGAAUACGAGCAACAAAUGUGGCAAAUAAUGUAUUGGCCGCAACAUGGAGCGAAUUAGGACGUGUAAAUAUUUGGAAUUUAUCCGAUCAAUUGUUAGCGGUCAACGAUAAGGAAUUGCUUAGUUCGUAUCAAAAAGAUGGAAAAGCAAAUAAAGUCAAUUGCUUGUAUACGUUCAGUGGACAUCAACAAGAAGGUUUUGCAUUAGAUUGGAGUUUAACGGUUCAAGGUUUAUUGGCCACCGGUGAUUGUCGACGAGACAUUCAUAUUUGGCAACCACAUGAAUCAGGCACAUGGAAUGUUGACCAAAGACCAUUGAUUGGUCACACGGAUUCGGUGGAAGAUUUACAAUGGAGCCCCAACGAGCAAAGCGUUUUGGCUUCAUGCUCGGUUGAUAAAAGCAUUCGCAUUUGGGACAUUCGAGCCGCACCAACCAAAGCCUGCAUGUUAACAUGCGACAAUGCCCAUAGUAACGAUAUUAAUGUUAUCAGUUGGAAUAGAAAUGAACCAUUCAUUGCUAGUGGUGGUGAUGAUGGUGUACUUCAUAUUUGGGAUUUGAGACAAUUCCAAUCGAAAACCCCCAUAGCAACAUUCAAACAUCACACAAAACCAAUAACAACAGUUGAAUGGCAUCCAAGCGAUUCAACGGUUUUGGCCACUGGCGGUGCUGAUGAUCAAGUUGCACUGUGGGAUUUGGCAUUAGAAAAAGAUUCAGAGGCAACAGCUGGCGGUAGCAAUGGAACAACUGAAGAAGAUGAUCUGAACGAAUUACCACCACAACUGUUAUUCAUUCACCAAGGACAAACCGAUAUCAAAGAAUUACAUUGGCAUCCACAAAUGCCGGGAGUCAUUCUAUCGACGGCACACAGUGGAUUUAAUGUUUUUAAAACCAUUAGUGUUUAAGAAGUUUUUACUUUUAUCUUGUCAUCCAAAUCGGUGAGAAACUGUGGGACGAAUAAAUAAAUUUAAUUAUUUUACAAUAUAAAUCGAUACAAA